ACGUCGAGUACAACGUUGAAUAUGGACUUUAAUAAUAGUUCAGCCGUCAACAGCACCACUCACGAGCCAUCUUGGCAUGCUUCUCCAUCUGUAUUCCUAGCUAAUGGGAUUUUUCUAGCCAUUAUAUCACCAUUAACUAUCAUCUUAAACACUCUUCUGUUGUUUGCUAUCUACAAGGAUCCUUUCAAGACGUUUCAGACACCUUCAGCGUUUUUUCUUGUGGGACUAAGCACCACGGACCUUGUUCUUGGACUAAUGUUGCCGUUUCCAAUGUCAUGUUACUUUAUAGCAUAUGAUGGUGAUUCGUCUCAAACGAAUAAGUGCUUCAAAAUAUUGAUGGAUUAUAUCGGGAUAUUGGUAAAUUCUUCUAUCAACUCAUCGUUUCUUAUCGUGCUGGCAUUCACAGUUGUGCAGUACCUUGCUGUGUCAUGGCCAUUUAGAUACAAAAACCUAGUGAACAUCAAGCGUACGAUUUGCUGCAUCGUAGCCAUUUGGACUUACACCAUAAUAUUCCAACUAACCGAGACGUUUGGAGUCCAAAAAAUCAUUAUCAGCCAAAUUGAUGUGACUCUACACACUACAAUAGCCUUUAUCGUAAUGGUAACAGUCUACAUCUUGCUGCAAAGAUCCUUCAAGAAGAAAAUCAAAAAAGGACUGCGCUUGAGAGCCGAGACCUCGACGCAGAGCACAAUGUGUACACUUGAAGGUUCUCCAAAGGCCACAGCACACAAGACAAAUCCACAGAGCAACGAGAUAGAAAAACGCUUUAUAAGGGUGAACUUGUUUCUGAUUGGAUUGCUGUUUUUCUGUACACUUCCUAACUGUAUAGUAUAUUAUAUAUAUAUAUACAACUCAGAAGUAGGCAAAGAUCCUAAAUUCUUUGUGGCAAGAAUUGUUGCGGACAACGCUAUGUACGUAAAAGCUUUAGUUGACCCAUUGAUCUUUGCUUGGAGAUUGCCCAAAUAUCGUAAAGCACUGAGAAAAUCCGUCUCUAGAAAAUAAAGGGCAUUUCGUGAGGAUUGAGAUAUUCCAAGAGACUGUCGACAGAUCCUAAGAAGAUGUCUCCAAAAAAUGCCCUUUUGACCGCCCAGAAAAAAUGACAACAAUUAUCAAAACACAAGAUUUAGUAUUUUGAUGAAUAUUUUAAGGGAUUUCCAAAGAUUGUACGUGUUAGACUACAAGCCAAUUGACCACUUUUAAGGUGGAUCAAACGUUCUAGAAGAAUACGUAAUGUUCAUGAUCUUUUGCCAGAUACGUCUUCGUUGAAUUAUUGAUUGAAAAAAAAAUAACGUCUUUCAUCCUUGGGAUGUAAUUACUUGUUCUUUUCUGAGAAGGUCAAGCRAAGCUUUUCAAGUAGAUAACGUUUUAUGUUACAAAAUUAUUAUUUGAAGUGAAAAGAGUAUAGUACCUUUGUAUAUAUAAAAUACAUAGUAUAUCGCACGGGUCGUGAUAUUCAAAAAGCUAGAGCUGACAGUUUUAUUAGUAUGUUCAGCAAUGUUUAUCAAGUGUAAUUCAUGUGGGUUUCUUAGUAAUCAUCGUAAACUAUAAUCACAGUAAAGCAAUAAAAUGGGUCAUUUUGUUCUCAUUUAAUC